UAAAAAUCCGAUCCUCUAGCCUCCAGCGACGCUGGCUCGCUUCCUUUUCACGUUCACGUGUAAUCGGGCGCGCACGGUGCCGCGGUGAAUAAAUUGCGGAUCGCAGCCAUGGUGCGUAUGAACGUUCUCAGCGACGCCUUGAAGGCGAUCAACAAUGCCGAGAAGCGGGGAAAGCGGCAGGUGCUGUUGCGGCCCUGCUCCAAGGUGAUCGUCAAGUUCUUGACUGUCAUGAUGAAGCAUGGAUAUAUUGGGGAGUUUGAAAUUGUGGAUGACCAUCGCAGUGGGAAAGUAGUGGUAAAUCUUACCGGAAGAUUAAACAAAUGCGGCGUUAUCUCACCCAGAUUUGACGUACCUAUCAACGACAUCGAGAAAUGGACCAACAAUCUCUUGCCUUCUCGACAGUUCGGAUAUGUUGUGUUGACAACUAGCGGAGGAAUUAUGGAUCACGAGGAAGCUAGGAGAAAACAUCUUGGUGGAAAAAUAUUGGGAUUUUUCUUCUAACUAUUUAAUUAAGUAAAUAAAGAUGUAAAAACAAAA